CUCUCUCUGUAUAUAAUGAACCCAUCCCCCAUCUCUAUUUUCUCUCCAAACAAAAUAAUACUCUUCACUUCAUCUUCAACCUAUUUAAUUCAAAUCCAAACCACCAAAACUGAAUCCAUGGCAUCCACAAGCACACAGAAGCCGAGCCGUUUACAGCGCAAGAAACCGGCGUCGUUAGACAUAAAUCCGCCGUCAUAUUCCGGCUGGAACGUAGCCAUUCCGCUUCUUUCUCCGCUUAUUACUUCACCUAUAUCUACUGUUUCUUGCUUCAAAAAUCAACAACAAAUCGCAGCGGAAAACGAGAAUAAAGCUUCUUCAUCGUCUUCCGAUAGCGUUGUGUUUAAGAAAUGGCAGCAUCCGGCGAUCUGUCACGAUUCUACUCCUUUUGUUCCGUCGUUUUUUGUUUCUGUUUAAAUUGUUUAAAAACAUUCAUAAUCUAGCUGCUACUUGUAAUCUGAUUUUUUUAUAUACAGAUUAUGUUAGAUUUCAUGUUAAUAUUAAUAUUAAUCAUUAACUUUUUUAUAUACUAA